AAAUAACUCAGAGAAUGCCAAUUUUGGGGGCAAGACAGAUUCAUUUAGUACUAAUGAUUCAAUUAGUUCGAUGCCACUUCACUUUAAACUUAAGAUUAAGAUGGACAACAGUGGAAAACAACCUGUGAUUAACUGCACUCUGUCCGAAUGCCCUGAGAAUGACUUCGCGAUACAGGAAGAUAGGACGAAUACCUCAACGUCGCCAGUAAAUGGAUCAAAACCUGAACCUAUUGUAUCGCCGCAGAAAUUAUUUGUCAGCCAGAAUAAUUCUAAACUUGGAGAUUUUCGAGUAACGUUUAAAACUGGUCAGCCAGAGUCAAUGAAUCAGAAACAAGAAGUGAAAGAAUCGCGUGCACCCCCGAUGAAUUUAACAAAAAUUAUAAUACCACCUUCUCAUAUGCAGGAUAUAACAAACCUUUCCCAGCAGAAAAAUGCUUCUAAAACUCCCAUUCAGCAGUUAAAAAGUUCUUCUAGACAGCAAAAUGGAGACGUGCCCACUUUACACAAUAACGAUACGGUAUCAUUAGAAACAAAUAAAAACGCAGAGCAAGGGCAAGUGAAAACCGACGACAAUACAAAGACUAUGAAGAUCAGCGACAACAACAAACCUGACGAGAUGAGAGGGGCAGAGCAAAAAGCAACUACAAUGGACGAGAAUGCUGCAAGCAACAUCCAAAACUCUUCUAAUCUAAAAGUUUCUGUGGGUGAGAAGUACGAAACUGGUAACAACGUAAAGGACCCAGUUGUGACUGGGGGCCCAGUUCAAGAACCUGGCAACGCAAAGGCCUCUGAUAAAUUCAGGGAACAAAAACAGAUUUUUACGAACAACAAGUUUCAAGCCAAUUUACAAUUGGACAGUGUAACAAAGCAACUAGAAAAUGCUAAUAUGAAAAGUCCCUUUCUUGAGCAAGAGCAGCUAAGUCCUCACGAUUUUGUUCAAAUUCAGAGCCGUCCACAACUAAAGAUAAUUUUAAAAACUCCUGGGAGAAUUUUGAAUCCUCUGAACAGACGGUCAGGUGCUAAAGGUCACAUCGUGCAGAUCUUAAAAAGCUUGAUCGAUAGGCCGCUUGAGUUAGAUUCUAAGGGCAAGGAGGUCGUUUCUAUGUUAUCCAGUUUCACCAACAAAACAGUAACAGGAACGGCUCGAGAGAGAAUAUCUCAAGAUGAUUCCAAGGCAGUGGAAGAUGGUGGAAAUAUCGCCCAGAGUAUUUUAGAAGCAAACAAGGAAUACCUUGACGCUAUUGCUACGCAGGGAAUGGUAUUCAGUGAUGGGGAUCCUGAAACAGAGAAUAUGACAAGCAUGGAUGGCUCUAUUAAUCACAGUCAUGGCUAUCAACAGCAGGAAUAUGAAGCUUCUAGGUGGAAAAGUCCACACACAGAAGGAGAAGAUUCUUCAACAGAGCCCCAAGAGCAUAGCCUCGGCAUUAAUACUCAGCAAGGUGAUUCGGUCCAGGGUGAGUAUUUGAUAACUCGACUUCAAGAGGACGGAGGCAGUGGUGAAAGUGUUAGUGGGAUGGGAACCAACAAAAACACUGGGUCGGUUAAACCUGAACACGAUAAAGGAUCCAAAGGCUUGCCUAACAGAGCAGGCAGGGUGUCUGUCACAGAUGGACUGCCUGGAGUAUCAGAAAUGAACGCUUACAAAGGAGGGAUGCGCAAACCAAAAGUUGAUUCACGAUUGAAGUCCUUCUGCAUCGGGAAGUCAAGCGGAAUCUACACAAAUCCUUUCGAACAAAAGAGCUUUGUCGUCUGCUCUAAUGGAGUGUCAGAGGAGAGACAGUGUCCUGAGGCCAUGUUGUUUAACCCUAAAGAAAAGAUGUGCGAUGUGCCAGAUCAGAGAAACACCAUGAGGACAAAGAAAAGGAAAGAAACCACCAAAAAAUGAUUGAGACGUUCUCGUUGAUGAUUCCUUCUUCACAAUAUUUGUCUCAUGGAAAAAUGACCUUCCUAUGAAAAUACAUGUUCAAGUUAAAACGUAUUGAAAUUUCAAUUCAAUGAAAAAUUACUUCAUGAAUAACAUCUCCGUUUGCAGUCCCGCCCCCUUCCCUACACAACAAGACAAGUCUGCAUUUAUUUUCCAAAAUGUAAAUGUAUAUUUCUAGCUUAACUAUGGAAGACAACU